CACAGUAAUUAUAGAACUAGAGGAAGUGAGAACCACAGUAAUUAUAGAACUAGAGGAAGUGAGAACCACAGUAAUUAUAGAACUAGAGGAAGUGAGAACCACAGUAAUUAUAGAACUAGAGGAAGUGAGAACCACAGUAAUUAUAGCACUAGAGGAAGUGAGAACCACAGUAAUAACAGUACUAAAGGGAGAUAAGAACACUGUAGUACCUACAGUCAGUGGUCAGGCUUCAAACAUCUUUUAUUGUACGAUCACUGAAGAUUUAAAAUGCCACGCAAUGUCGAAAUCAAAGCCCUGGUACGAGAUGUGGUAAAGUUGCACGAGCGAGCGGCUCAACUGUCUGGUAGUAAGGGGCACGUGCUCCACCAGGAAGACACGUUCUUCAAUUCACCAAAUGGAAGAUUAAAACUCCGGGUCGUAAAGGAUGAAAUGGAAGAGCUGAUAUAUUAUGAGAGACCAGACCAGGACGGCCCAAAGUGCAGUGAUUAUGUCAAGGUCUCCGGAAAUGUUGGAGAACUGAGUGGAGAUCUGUGUACGUUACUGAGGCGCUGUCUUGGGACAAAGGGUGUAGUGAAGAAGACACGAACCUUAUACAUGGUUGAUCAAACCAGAGUCCAUGUUGACACCGUUUAUGGUCUGGGAGACUUCAUGGAACUUGAGGUUAUGCUGCGUGAGGAUCAGACUGUUGAGGAUGGAGAGAAAAUUGCCACUGAUCUCCAACGACAGCUUGGAAUUGAGAAGGAAGACUUGCUUUCUGAGGCUUACAUGGAUAUGAUUCUUAAAAAAUAAAAAAUGAAGCAGCAGCACCACCAGAAGCACCAGUAACGGCAGCAUCAGCAGCACCAGUGGCACCACCCCCUCCACCAGUAGUAGCCAAGGCUUCAUUAACAUCAGCAUUAGCACCUGGAGAAGCACGAUCAGCAGUACCACCACCAGCAACAGUUGUUCCAGUAAUAGUAGCAGAAGCAUUAAACUUAUAUUGCUUGAGAACUGCUUCUACCUGCCACUUGCGACCUUCCAGCUGUUGCAACUGAUUCUCCAAUUCUGACUUCUUGGCCAGGUUAGCAUCCUCACUCUACGGAUGACACAACUUACUAAGAUAAAAUUGUGAUGAAAGAGAAGAAGGCAUAAAAGAGGAGGAUACCUUAACAGGAUGGAAAAUUGAAGAGUAAAAGAGAAUUGGAAGAUAGCAGAUGAAAAAAAUAAAAAUAUAAAUGUCAAAAAAAAAAAAAAAAAGGGAAAUUUGAAGGUAGAGCCAGUGGUCAGGAUCUAGACAUCUCUCACAUGUCUGAAGGAUUAAACAGAACUGAUCAGAAUCUGCAUAAUAACAUCUCUUUAAGGAAAUGCUUUGAUGCUGGUAAUCAAGAAUUAGAGGUACUCCUUCCCUUCCAUGGAUCAAACCUGAUAUUGACAUUCCCCAGACAGUAUGAUCCUUACUGGUUUAGCACCCUUAAUGACUGUCAUCCUUUGGUGAUAAGGGGAAUGCUGUGAUGUUGAUGAAGGGUUCUUGAUUCAAAGAAUUGAGCUGUGUGGUUGUAUCAGUGGCACCAACUGUGACCCUACUGUCUCAUACCUGAGCCUCAGAAACUUUCAUGGUACAGUAUUUGUAUUCUUGUAUCUCACAAAGCCAUAUAGUCCAUAAACCCAUGCUAAGUCACAGUGAAUAACUCUUGCUGAAUAAACAGAAGCAUGGAUAGGGUCCAUAUUGUUCAUUCAUCUGUUUAUUCAUUAGCAGUUGUUUGUUAUGACUUAUCUUGAGUCUUAUUCCCUAUAAGUAUAAUGCAAAUAAUAAGUCAAGAAAUAAACAUAUGGGUGGAUGAGGGGUCUGGACUGUUAGUUUAUGGACUAUGGUUCGAAGCCCUCAUCUGUUUAUUCAUUACAACCUAAUUUGAGUUCAAAGGGGUGAGCAAAUAGCUGUAUGUUCCAGUAUAAGCUAGGAAGAUCACACUGACCUGAGAGAGAAGAGCAGCCACCUUCUUUAUCUUAUGGUCACUCAGGUGGUUCAAGAGCUGCUUAACCUCUGCCUGUUCAUUGUUGCUCAGCUCGCAGUGUCCACGAACCACCUGCCCACAAUACAUGAGUACAGUAAUUAAAAUUCUAGAGGGUGUCAUUUAUGAAGAAUUGAAUUAAAUGUUCAAGUUUA